UGUUGCCAGGGGGAGAAGGAGGAAGAGCUGCCGAGUGUUGCGAGGGGAAGAGAAGGGGAAAGGAAGGCAAGGCAAGACUAGUAUGGUUCCUGUUACUGUGUUGCGUCUGCUGAGAAGGUGUUGUGUUGUGUUGCUGCUCUAGGGAUAGAUAUAGGGAGUGUGUUGCUGUGUUGUGCUGUUGGGUGAUGAUGGUAGUGGUGAGGGGUCUGUUGCUGUGAUGUUAUUGUUUUGCAUCUGUUAGGAAGGUGAAUGUGCAGUGUUGUGUUGUGUUGACAAGGAAUGUGUUGCAGUAAAACGGUGUUGUGUUGUGUUGUGAUGGUGUUGUGUCACUGUAAAGUCCCGGUGAUGUAGUGUUGCUUGUGGUGUUUGUCAUCUCUGCAGUGCUACCAGGAAACACUUGUGGACACUAGAGAACGUGAGAACACAUGGAAAAGAAAAAGAAAAAACGAAAUCACGAAACACUGAGCAACAACCACCAAACAAAACGAUAAAUAAAACAAAAACAUAAAAAGUGAAAGAAUUUAACAACUUUUUCCACAAACUCUUAAAAAAAAUUGAAAACAUAGAUACUCGAUUUGUGUUCUUCCUUCGUGACAUCGUUUUGAAAAACUUCCAACGUCAAUGAAGAAAAAGAAAACACACACAUAUAUAAAAAAAAAUCCUCUCCUCGGUCUCCCUCUUUCCCACACACACACACACACUAGCCAGCCACCAGCCCCUCUGAAGUGCUGAAAUGAUCGGGUAUCCUCACAAGCCAAUUUGCCAUCAGACUGAAGGCGCCAAAAUAUGAUUCACUGGAGCCUGGAGCAGAGGAAGCGGCGGCGGUGGUGGCAGCGGUAGCGUCUUGGUGGGAAAGAACUCUUGUGUUGAGCUUUGCAGUGUCAAGGACGGUAGUGUUGCAACCAGAGAUGCCUUGAAGUGUUGCAUUGUCGUUAUGAUGUUGCCUCGAGUGUUGUGACGGAGAAAAGAAGACGACCAUAGCAAUUUUCCGACAUAUUUCUCCUGUCCUCUUCCUCCUCCUCCUCCUCCUCCUCCUCGUGUACCUUCCUGUUGAUGCGUUGGCGAGGGAGCAGCGGCGUCAUAAAGGUGACGUGACAAGCCCCAGCUGGAGAUGCGAUGCUAUCACUAAGAAGGUGGGAGUGACGGCGUCUCCGGUGACCUCGUUCCGUCCCGCCAGCAGCACCGGGGGACCACUCAGGUGCUCCCUCUCAGCAGACGACAGGUGAGGUGAGGUGCUGGGAUCUGAGUGAGGAGGCGUCCCAGGAGGAAAGCAGAGGAAGGUCUAGCGAGGGAGUGCGUCACCGAGGCGUCGGGCAGCAUGUCCCGCCAGGAGGGUCCAUUCGAGGCUCGGGGGAGGCUCCUUGACGAGCAGCUGGCCCGCCGAGACUCCGCAGAUGUUCAGCGUUCCCGCCACGGCACCCCACCUACUACAGGCACUCCGCCCGCAGGCACCCCUCACCUCAGUCCCCGCUACCUGCCGCGCCCCAACACCCCAUCCACCAGCCCCGCCACGCCCAUCAACUCAGGCACCCCGCCCCCCGAUGCACCACCCCUACUCAGUCAUGGAGACCUUAUCACCAUCCAGAAAAAACUCCCUCUUGCCGCCUGGGUCGGACUCACGCCGCAGCUCACUAACGAAGAGGUCGCUGACGGAUCUCGCACAGGACGCCAAGAAGGGCAUCAAGAACGUCAAAGACACCUCGAUGAAGGCCGGACAGAAGAAUCCCUUUUUAUUUGUGGUGGACUCGACCAAGGAGACCCGACAACGCAUCAUCGGCGACGUGGAGGCCACCACUAAAAUGGUCAAGGACAAAACGGUGAGCGUGUCUGGCCAUAUGAAAGAUGCCACGGUGGGCGCCAGUCAAUGGGUGGCCUCGCAGACCUCCCGCACGGCCAAGGUCGCCAUGGAGCAGGCCAAGGCAGGCAUGAGCUUCGGCGAGAAGUUCACCUUAUAUACUGUGGAAAAGAUCACCACGUUCUCCAAGAAGGGCUUCACUCACGUGUUUAUGUUCUUGGUGCUGGCCCUGUACACAGCUCUUGGGGCGCUGCUCUUCAUUGCCAUCGAAGGUCCGCACGAGAACGAGGAAAAACAUGACAUUGAGAGUGAGAGAAAGCUACUGCUGGAGAGGCUCUGGGACCACCAAACUUUAAACAAAGACCUCAACUUCACGAGAUGGGAAGAGAUCGCCACGGAUUUUCUGAAGCGUUACGAUAAGCAGCUCUAUCACUCCUGGUCUGUGGGGAUCUCGCCAGACACUGAUGACAGAAUCUGGACCUUCUGGAAAGCCAUGUUCUUCUGCUCCACCAUCACCACCACGAUAGGCUACGGCCACAUCUUCCCACGGACGAGCGCAGGCCGGGCCCUCACUAUUGUGUACGCCAUCCUCGGCAUUCCCAUCUUCCUUAUCCUGAUGGCAGAUUUCGGUAAAGUCUUCACCAGGCUCCUCAAAUCCCUGUUCGUGCUGGUCAGGAGAAUGUACCGCUCGGCCACGUGCAAGAGAGUGAGGAAGACCCGAGCUGUGCAGUCUGUUAAGCACCCGACACCCACCACCCCCACCCCUCCUCUGGCAGUCCCCGAGUCCUCCUCCACCGAGAUGGAAAAGGACGGAGAGGAAGGGGAGAAGAAGAAAGGGGAGGAGGACGAGGAAGAGGACGAGGACGAGGAGGGGCCGGUGGGGUGCCGUGGGAAGAGGAAGGUAAGAGAGAGGGAGCCUUUUCUGCCAGAGGAGCGAGACAGAGACAAGAUGAAGAACGGAAUGGAGAUAAGGAAGAACGGAAACUGGUUGGAGGAGGAACAUAGGGAAGAGGAGGAGGAGGAGGAGGAGGAGGAAGUUCGCACGUGUUGUAUAUCUAGUGCGUGGCGGAAGACGUGCCAGUGGUGCUCGACUACCAUAUGCAGGAGGAAGGAGAUGCCUGCAGAGACACCGCAAUCUGACGACACACUGGAGGCCCUCGUGGACGACAACUUCAACCUGCCAAUCAGUCUGGCGCUGUUCAUCCUGCUCGUCUACAUCAUGAUUGGCUGCGUCAUCUACACCAUGUGGGAGAGUUGGACCUACUUCGAAGCCUUCUACUUCAUCUUCAUCUCCAUGACCACCAUUGGCUUCGGUGACUACGUGCCUGACCAUCCCGCCUUCAUGAUGAUGACCACAGUCUACCUGGUGUUCGGCCUCGCCCUCACCGCUAUGUGCAUCAAUAUCAUACAGGAGAAGAUGACGAACACGUUCCGCGCGGCCACGGAGAAGAUGAAGGAGAGCAUCCAGCUGAUGAUGAACAAUGCUGCGCAGGGCGAGGAUGGUGAGGGAAGCGAGGGAAUCGACCUGCCAGAGGGGAAGGAGGUGGAGGUGGCGAAGGUGCACGGCGCCAAGAACACGCUGUCGCCUCCGAAAGCUUAGGCAGGGUGACGAAAAAGGGAGCCUCGUCUUUUCUAACUUAUUUUCUUCUUAACGUUUAUAUAAAUAGACUUUUAACGAGUGUUGAUCACACACACACACACACACACACACACACACACACACACACACACACACACACACACACACACACACACACACACACACGAAUGGGGAGUUACUUACUUACUGUACAGCCACACAAACACAAUGGUGUAGUGCAAGUGUUUUGCAUAAGACAAUAGUGUUAUUUUUUCGUAUUUCCUUUUCUUUUUACUUGUAUUUGGUGUUAUACUUAAGAUGUAUCGUUACACUGAUGAUAUGUAUCGUUAUGCUCAACAUUACACUUAGAGUCACGGCUGUUGUGUGUCCUGGCGUCAGUCAUAUUACCAGUCCAUCAUGUUCUUACUCAACUCUCUUGCCGGUGCCGCCCGCCCAUCUGCUAUGGCUCCCAGGCGAGGGGGCGGAGCACACUGAGCGGUUCAGGUUCAUGGGAAUCUUUACACUCAUUUUUCCGUCCUUCAACUCUUACUUCGAAACACUGUCCUCAAUUUUCUUCGCGAAUUUUACCUCUAAACUUUUCUUCCUUUAAUUCGUGAAUUUUGUUCCCAGAGUUUUAGUGAUUUCUUUACCUGGCGCUGCAUUGUCAACAAGGUGUAAAGUUCGCAAAAAAAGCGACGAACACAGCUACAUUAUUGAAGGCGAGAGGUUGAGGUUGAAGGAAAGAACACCGGCAUGUGCCUCCGGAUGGUGGUGGUGGUAGUGAGAAUGGGAACGAUGAUAGCGGAGGUGGUGAUGGUGGAGGAGGUGAUAUGUAGCAUUAUGCCGUGGUAGUACCAGCAAGGCUCCUUCACAGGACAUUCUGCUAAUACAGUAAAUGUAUUAUGACAAUUUUCUUAACGGACAGAACAAUUUUUCAAGCCAUACAAUAGAGGAGAGCAGCGUGUUUCGAUCUUGUGACCAUGAUGCUGCUUACAGUGUUGUGAUGAAGGGAGCCAUCAGUCCACUAAGCCAGUCACUGUGGGUCAGGUCAGAGGGUGACGUGUUAUACCAAACCACCACUGUGAGAAUGACGCUAAUGGCUCCCAGAAUUCCUUUGCCACACUUGUUUGCUCCGCCACCGAUUUUUUCUCAGUCUGUUUUCCAAGUCUUCAUCACGCAGUAUACAUGUAUUUGUCCGACAGUCUCACAUGUUUGGCCUGACGGAGGGAUUACGCAUCAGCAAGGGCCACUCAUCAUCAACAUUCAGCCAAGGUCCCUUAGCUCACCGCGGCAGGAUCAAUCACACAAUCACAACCAUACUGGAGCAAGUUGGACAAGUGGUGCUGUGUGAUGCCGACAGGUUGCGGUUUUGUCUGUGGUUUAACAUCAGUUGACGUUUCAUUGCACUGGGGAGGGGUAUGAUAGCGUCAAUCGUCAUUAUUCAUUGUGGGUUUUGUACUGUGCCAUAAUUCAAACAUGAGCAUAAUCAUCACCUGGGCCAGUCCGCCGCUGCACUGUUUGGAAUCAUGACCAUGCAGGUUCCGCCACCCUCAGGUUUGCUUCACACUCACUACAUUUUCAUAGUAAUUGAGGAAAAACUAUCAACACAUUAUCUUUUUUCUCUUAUCUUCUCUAUCUGCCCAAUCCAUUAACAACAGUGUAAAAACUAUACAGAAGAACGAACAGUUUCAUCGAUGUGUAUAGGUCUGGAAAAUCAGGCGUCUCCUAUGCUUCAUUUCUACGUAGUUAAUUUCUAAACUAUACGGUGUUUCUUGUUAAAAAAAAAAAAAAAAGUGCUGUAGCCAAGCAAGCCUCACAGGAACACCAAUUUGGGCACCGAGCUGCUUCUUUCUUCUGUCCCGUCCAAAUCGCUAAAGACGUGUAGCAUCUAAAGUCAAGGAACACAAUCUUGCACAUACCCACUACUCGGCCUCUCCUUCACCCAGUCCACCCACUCCACCCGCUCCACCCACACUACACGGGUCAAUCUUAAUGCCAACCUUCCUCCCAUCACGCCUCUCUCUCAACAUAACCUGUACGGGAGAUGGAGCAAAGCAGAAAUGUAGCAGAGGGAAAAGAAAAACUCCCUCCCGUUUGGUGUCAUGUGUCAGGUUUUAUGUGUCACGUUUUGUCUCGUCCAUGAGUGGCUGUGUCUGUGUUCCAGUGUUUUGGUAUUAUUUUUUAAGGCGUUCACUUGUUACGGAGCUAUGUUUAAGGUUAGAGUUAAGGCGCAGCGCACACAAAAAACACCCACGCACACACACACACACACACACACACACACACACACACACACACACACACUGCCAGCUUGCGUCACCCCCCGCUGCUGUCUCUCGGUGCACUGCUGGCCCAAGUGUCUUCAUUGAGGAGCUGUUGUUGUUCUGCUUCGCCCGUUGAACAUUUGCUCGAGUUCAUUAAUUAAUAAAAACAUAUUGAAUAAAUCAUA